CUAGUGCAGCGGAUCUGUAGUUGGACCCGCGUCCUUCUGUGAGAGCGGCUGUGCUGUGAUGGAUUCCUCCACCUUCCUUUACGAUGUCCCUCCGCUCGUCGUCGAGAAGUUCUGUAAGAUCAUGGACACCGGAGAUGACAGCCUCGGGUGGCGGGGACUAGCUGUCCGAGUCGUCCCCAGCCUGUUAGAAGUUCGCAUGUUGGAGCGCACGGAGGCAGCAGGUCGGAGCCCCACCAGGGAGCUGCUGUGGUCCUGGGCCCAGCAGAAUCCAAGAGUGCAGGACCUGCUCAAGGUGCUGCAGGACAUGGGCCACCACAGGGCCCUGCAGCUCUUCCACAGUCAGUGUCAGUUACCAGCAGGUAAGGAAUCACCUUCGCCCUCUGCCAACCAGCUCCCAGAGUCCACGGGGCAGACGUCAGCAGCUAAAGCGAAGGAAUCCCUCCAACCAGAGUCUGGCUCCUCGAGUCAAGCUUCAAGUCCUGUGAAGUCUGCCAGAGAGAACCAGUCACAUGUGAUCACUCUCCAGGACAUCAUAGAGGGAACCAGAAACUUUCAUCAUGAGCUGAGAAUUGCCGAGGGCCACUUUUCCAAUGUCUACAGAGCACAGAUUGGAAGUGGAACAUUUGCAGUGAAGCUUUUUAAACAGACUAAUAAGGUGUCCUGGAGGAAGCUGUGGGAGAUCUUCAGGAAAGAAAUGGAAAUCCAUCAUUUGUAUCAGCACCCGAAUAUCUUACCCUUAUCGGGCUGUUUCUCUGAUGAGGGCCACUACUGUCUGGUCUAUCCUUACCUCCCCAGUGGAUCGCUUUUCCGCAGACUACACCAUCAGGACAGACAGCAACCUCUGACUUGGCAAGAGCGCCUCGCCAUCAUCAAGGGAAUCGCAAAGGCUCUGCAUCACCUGCAUACCACCCAGCCCUGCCCUGUCAUCUGUGGCAACAUCUCCAGUUCUAACAUACUCUUGGAUGACGCCCUCCAACCCAAGCUGUCCGACUUCGGGUUGGCUCGUCUUCGUCCUCAUUCAACCAAUCAGUCCUGUACCAUCACUCUUGAUACGAGUUCCCACAGCAACCUGGGAUACCUCCCUGAGGAGUACAUCCGAGAUGGCAAGCUUUCCUUCAGCCUGGACGUUUACAGCUUUGGAAUGGUCAUAAUGGAAACAGUAACAGGACGGAAGGUUAUAGAAGAUGCACCUAAACAAACACUGCUGAGAGAUCUGCUCGUCACUAAGGUGGAGGACAGCGGUGGCGUGGACUCUUGUCUGCAGUUUUUGGACAAGACGGCCGAUCAGUGGCCGACUGCCAUGGCCCUCAGUCUGCUGUCUCUGUCCUUGGACUGCACUGCAAGCCGCCACCGCCAAAGACCAAGCAUGGAGAACGUGCUCCUGGCGCUGAGCCAGCUGCUUCCUCCACCGAGAUGCCCGCCUGCCGACCAGCCCCGCAGCCUGGACGAUGGAGCCCCUGUUAGUGCCCAGCGGCUUCCCUCGUCCUCCAUACCCGUGGAGCACGAAGAGCAGCGCAGCCCACCUGUCUCUCCGACGCAGGCGGAGCCCUGUGAAUACAGCCAGUCAGAGGUGACGCACCUGAGUGACGCUGUGGGCGCUCAAGGCGAAGCGGCAGUAGACCUGUACAGCAGCUGGCCUGUGCAGUGCAGCUGCCCGGCUGAGACGGGCGGUCUGGCCUGUGAGGACUGCAGGGCUAACGGGUUCACCUCCGACCACGCGGAGAGUCCUCAGACCGACUUCGGUGUGGUGGAAAACGCAGCCAAGCAGAGACUGAGGAACAAACUGAGUCUUUAUAACGGAGGGUUGAUCCGCACAGAGGAACUGUUCUCUGAGACAGGACUGCAGUAGAGACCAGAGUCCCUUCAACAGUCCCGACAACAGCUCUCUGGACCGAUGUGUUGUCUGUUGCAUCCCUGUAAGCUACGGUAUCACAGUGUGACACCUGAAAAUGUUCUCAUUCAGAUGGUAAUUACUAAAACUUAAAAGAUAGCAUGACUUUAAACAACACAAACUAACUUAGACACCUCAGAGCACAUUAAUGUCAAAGUGUAGCAGUGGAAGUAACUGCCCUGUGUUAUUAUUACUAUUAGAAUUGGUGUUAUUAGAAUACCAGCAGGUUGAUUUGCAUUAAAUGACUUGUAAAUAACAACAUCCACGUGGUGUAAAUCUUAUUUAAAUACCUUAAAUACUAUCUGCUCCCCUUGUGUUUUCAUCAAGAAGAAGUUUUUGGUUUUUAUUUUAUUUUAAUGACCUAAAAUGAGAGUAUGUGUUUUUUUUCCAGUGCAUUUGGCUUUGCAGUUGUUUUUUAAGAGAAAAAGCUAAACCAGAUUACCAAGCUGCCCACAGCAGAUGUGUGGGUUGCAGUCAAAAAGCCUGUAGUGGUGAGGAAGGUUACUAAAGAUAAGAGUUGGUUUAAUUCUCUUCAUGCUUGUGACGCGAUCCAGCGCUUCCUGAAAUCCUCACGUGAUUGGUUGAGUUCCAAAUCUAAACCUGCAUCUAUCCAAUCAGAACGUCUUAUCAAAUAUGUAAAUAAUGUAAAAACCCUAUAUACUUUUUGUCUGAAUAUAAUAAUUUAAGUUCAUUGUUUUUAUUUAAUUAUUAUUUUAAUUGCUUAACUUUCUCUACAUGUAUUUUCCUUUUUUUUUUUUUCUCCCCACAUUAUCUGUUUUGUUGUUACUUCCUGUCUGUAGCUGAUGGUUAGAUGUACCCUGCAUAUAAACUGAAAGCUUCCUUUCUCAGGAGGUGUAAUUCUGUUUUGGACAGGAAACUGUACUUGAAUCGAAGGCUGAAAGAACUGAGUUUGUCUCUGUACUGAUCUUCCAUGUGUUAUAAAUAAAGUAUUUUAAUUUUUUUUUAAUUUUUUAAAGACAA